AUGAAAGUAUCAGUAUUAACAACAUUUUUAUUACUGAUCCUUCUAACUAACGCUGUUGUUAUUCCUGACGAUUUCUUCCCCCAGGAAACUCCGGCACCACUACCAACCAGAAGUACAAAAACUUCCGACUCAAUACACCUUUUCAAACGUAUAAGAGAAGUUAUAAUCAAUAAAGAUUAUGCUAGAAAUCAAGCAGCCAAAACUCAAUCAUCUUCCUCCACGGUAACCCCACCACCUAAAUGGGUUCGUACUUUGACCGAUGGGAAAGUUGAGAUUGUUACCCCAACAAUCAUUCAAGGUGUAACUUUUAAUGCUCAACCACCAAGUACAACUAAUGGAUUAGAAUAUUGGGUUUCAUUAAAAGAUGAUGGAUCUCCGAAAACCAUCAAACCACAAAUGAAAAAUGGACAAAUCAAAAAUGGACGUCCUGAUUAUAGUACAUGGUUUCAAACUGCCACUACUAUUGUUUAUAAUAAAGAACAAUUAAAAGCACAUAAUAUGGCAGAUGAUGAAAUUUUUGAAGAAGUUAAAUAUAUUCAAGAAGGUGAUUUAGAAAAUCAUUUAUUAAGUCCAAUUAUUAGAUGUACUCCUGAUAGAUAUAAGAAAAAGGGAAUUGGUAGAGAUAAAACUACUGAACCAUUUUGUACACCUAAAGAUGAUGCUAGAUUAACAAAAGAUAAAACUUAUUUUGUUACUUGGUAUUCAAGAUUUUUCGAUGAAAAUAAAGUUGAUAAAGUUAGAAUUCAUUUAUCUAAUAUUAAAGAAAGUUUAAAACAAAAAGGAUUAAAGAAAAGAGAUGAACAAACAAAUCAGGAAUUUGAUAAAAGAUCAAAAGUACUUGAAAUGGGUGGUAAAGUCACUGAUUUUUCAUUUUUCACUUCUGAUUGGAUUUCAAAUGAUCAAGGAUAUUUCCCAUUAUAUAUUGAUGAAAAUUGGUUUGGAUCAGAAUAUUGGCGGAAAGUUUUGAUUUCAAUUCAACCAGAUAAUAUUCCUGAUGAAGAAUUUAAUGUUUUACAAAAUUCUAUUGUUGUAGAAAUUUGGAAAGGUGUUAAAGUAUCAAAAGAUCAUUUAACUGAUUUGAAAAAAUUAGAAGAAAAAUAUGCUAAUAGACAUAUGCAUGAUAUUGAAGUUGAAGAAGGAGUUGAUUUUGAAAAAUAUAUGAUUAUGAUGGGAUUACCAACUUGUGUAUUAAUUGCUGGAUUUGGAAUGUGGUUAUUUGUCACGAUUAAUAAAAUUGAUUUGAGUAGUAUUAAAAAACGGAAAUUUGCUAGAAAAAAUACUACUCAUAAAAGAAUCCCAUUUAAAACUAAAUCUAAUAAAGAUUAUGAUCAUUUACCUCAAUUCAAUACUGAACUCGAUGAACUAAAACAUGAUUAA